ACUCAGAGUUACAUUUCCCCUCCAUUUUAAAUUAAAAUUCAAAGAGCGGGCACAGCGGAAUCUUCUGGAAAGGGGCGAAGAUGAACUCAGGAGGCGGGGGUCGAUGUGGAAAGAGCAGAUGGAUUAUUUUUUUUUCCUCUUCUGACGAAUGAGAAGCGCCCCCAGCUACCCCACCUCACGGACCCCCGCCCAAGCGCGCAUGCGCACUUGGGCAGCGGGCAGAUACUUAAGGCGCGGCCACAGCGGCUGCGGCAGUGCGCCCAACAGCGGACUCCGAGAGGCCAGCGGACCUCGGAACCGGCAGCACUCGCUCUCAACUACCUACCCACCAGUCUCGGAACCAUGGCGGCAGUGGCGGCAGCGUCGGCUGAAUUGCUCAUCAUCGGCUGGUACAUUUUCCGCGUGCUGCUGCAGGUGUUCCUGGAAUGCUGCAUUUACUGGGUAGGAUUCGCUUUUCGAAAUCCUCCAGGGACACAGCCCAUUGCGAGAAGUGAGGUGUUCAGGUACUCCCUGCAGAAGCUGGCAUACACGGUGUCGAGAACCGGACGGCACGUGCUGGGAGAGCGCCGCCAGCGGGCCCCCAACUGAGGCCCCAGCCCCCGCGCGGCCGUGUCCCCAGGUGCCCCUGUGCCAUCCCACCCGCACGGGAGCCUGUGCCGCGCAGGAAUGGGGCGUCCCCUGUGCCCUCUCGCCAGAGGAGCACUUGCCAAGGUCAGUGAGGGGCUGGUAGGCCCCCGGAGAAGCAGCACCAUCAAUGACGACAACACGAGGUCCCUUCCCCACCCCUUUGCACCCCUCCCACUGCGGGUGGCAUAGAGGGAGGAGGGGGGCACAGGGGGAGCAGACUCCUGAGAUCUGGGCACAGGCAACGCAUUCAGAUCUGGACCAAGUCGGGACAGCGCCAUCCCAGCCCCGCAGCCAUGGCCAUGCCAGCAGGCCGUACCACACAGAUCCAGACCACCACACCAGCCAGCAGAAUGGACAUUCCAACAUCACCAGCCGAAGCCCUGAAUCUCGGUGCAGCAGACAAGCGACAACUAUGUGCCUCCGUGGCAGGACUGGAGGGCAGAGGGUGAGGGAGGAGGGUUAAGAGACAGAGCAGGGCCCUCACUGUCCUUUGCCUACGGCACGUGCAUUCCAGCCUUGCUGCCUUUGCUCCCUCGAUUCCCCUUUCUUCCUCACUGCCACCCCAAAGAAAUGUGUCACUCAAUUUGGACCUACUGAACAAGAAAACGAAUCCCAUCUUUACAAAAACACCUUCUCCAAGCCCCCAGCCCCUCACUGAUCUUGAAUCCCCCAGGUCUCAUGCAAUUGUGCUCAAUAUUGUGGUAAUUGCUAAUUGUAAUGAUUGUAUAAUUGUGCAUUAGUUGUGUCUCCCCAGCUAGAUUGUAAGCUCCUGGAGGACAGGGACCGCCUCUACAAAAAAUAAAAAAGUACCUCCCCCGUCUCGCACAGUGUCCCAGGACCCUGCGGGGCAGUGGAGGCGCACCAAAAAGUUUGUCUCCUGUCACUUCUUGCGGCUUCAACACAUAGUUCUAAGACUGGUCUGGGUGGGUACACUACUUGGGGUGGGGGGAGGCAACAAAAUGGGAAUAAUCACACACCCAGUUUCAUCUCAACACUGUCCUAAGAAAAAGGACCACACCCCCUACCACCCACAGGAAAAGGUGGAACCAUCUUCACUUGUGGUCUCGAAAUAAGGGAUCACUUAUCCCUCACCAAAGGGGUGGGCUUCACUCAUCCUGGGAUAGGGGCCUUGGCAAAAAUGAAGGGGGAAAAGAUGGGAGAGGGGGAAAGGUGGGAGGGGGGAAACAUGGGAGGAGGGGAAAGGUAGGAGGAGGGGGAAAGAUGGGAGGAAGGGAAAGAUGCAGGGGAAAAUGGGAGGAGGGAAGAAAGUGGGAGGAGGGAAAGGAGGAGUGGAAAGGUGGGAGGAGCCCUAUGUCCCUAAGGGUACUAGGGGCCAAGAGGGUAAUCAAGAAUUCAGAACACAAAGUCUUGGGGACCCAUCCAGGAUCCCCAAGGAAAUAAGCACGGGGUACACAGGUUUGGACACUGCCGGUGUUGUCGCUCAGUCAGGUCUGACUCUCUGCAACUCCAUGGACUGCAGCACGCAACGCUUCCCUGGGAUAAAAGGUGUGGCGUGGCCCUCCCCUGCCCAGCUCACCCCUCCAGGCCCUAUAACCUCUAUCAGGACCACGACAUGGGCAUCCUGCCAGGCCGGCCUAGUCUCCCAGGGCCUCCUCCUCAACCCUCAGGAACCUCUCUCCAGUUCACUCUCUCCAUCACUGGGUUCUCUGCUUCUCCCACCCUUAGCCUCCAUAUUAAGGGUGCUUACCAGGUCCCCGACCCUGGGCUCUCCCCUGCCAUCAUGCCAGGGUGGGUAGGUGGGCUGGCUGCUCAGCUCCUGACUUCUCUCUCCCACUCCUCAGUGAGUCAGGGCUUCUUUUAUGUGGGGUCAGCUGACUGCCCCACCAAGUGGCCCUGCCGCCUGUUCAGCCUUGUCUGUGGCUUUAUGUUUUCCUGUCACCACACACCUGUUCCCGGGUCAACAUCCAGGGAGUGAGUUGGAGGGCCAUAAAUCUUUCUGCCACUUCGUUAAAUCCCUUAGUCACAGCUGUCGCAAACACUUCUGGAGCACAAAGGACCUCAAUCCCUUGAGCCUCAUGUUGCCCGCCCCAAUCCAGCCCCUAGCAUUUCUCAGGCCAACCACCAGCACCUUCAGAGGCACUUAUAACUUCAGUUCAAGGUCAGAGAAUUAGGGGGUGGAGGGUGCAGACCUCAGUUCAGGUAGUGGCCUUGCCAUUGGUCAGCCCAGGGAACCUGGUCAGGUCACUCCUAGCUCUACCUUUAGUUCCCCUCUGUGAAAGGACUGCUGAGAUCCCAGGGAACCCCAACCUGCUAGAAACAUUCUGCCAAAGCAGGACUCAACGGGACUGGGGUGGGGAUGUGCGAUCUGAGGCUUGAGGUGGGGAUGUGCGAUCCGAGGCUCAGGCUGGGUGGUUCCAGUCCCUACCACAGCCUGAAGGUGGGGCAAGUCUCCUCAUGCCCCAGGGUGACUCAGCAGCAGGCAAUGUCCAUACCUCCCUUCUGAAGCCCAUAUCUUGGCAAGCCUCAAGACUGGGAGUAUUCGUGGUUUUCCACACUAAACCGGGAGAACCGUGAACAUAUUCCAACAUGUGUUCAGAGCCUUCAAGGGGUGUGCCCCAUGGCCCCACUGCCCCAGAUGCUCUAGUCUUGGCCCAGGUAUAAGGCAGCUGGGCUUAGGGAGACGAGAUGAGGCAGCAUGGAAGUGUCUGGAUGCUCUUGACACAGUAGGCCCCCCUUUAAAAAGGCAGGAGGCUGGUGGCAGCCCCAGGGCUUCCCAGAUGAUCCUGGCAAAGCCCCCUGCAGGGUUUCCUCCAUCCAUCCAUCGGCAGGACUCUGAAUGCGGCAUGACGAGAAGACAGACUUCCAGGCCAGGGCUGCCCUGGUGGGCUGCGCUCACACAGGUGGCUUAAAUGUGCAAUGUGCCCUCCCCCUGCCCUCUGCCCUGCAUCAAGCCCUCAUGUUAUAGAGGAAGCACAGUCCACUGGAGAAGACGGAAGGAAUGUGUUCCUUUUCUACUCCUAUGCGGUACUUACAAGUCUGGUCCAAACCUAGCUUGUUUAUAAAUUUUUUUUUCCAGAAGCAAUACCAUUAAAACAUUUUAUUCUGAUAGAGAACAAUGGGAGGAGUUAAAAAUGACUACAAUUUUGUUGCAUAGCCCUUAGUCCACAGCACCCCCUUUCCUUACAUUUUCUCUACCACCCCCGCUUUGCCCCCAGGAGACCAAGGAUAGAGCAGAUGAGUUAUGAGGGAACUGGAAUGGCUGAGUGGGACUCCAGCAGCAGGCAAGGGUCUUGGGACCAAUACCCCCAGAGGAUGUUAGUCUCUUAGCCUAACCAGCUUCAGUUAAACCCCAGAGGGGUUUAGGUACCCUGACUGUUAGAGGUGUGGGGUGCUAUGUGACACCGUUACCUCUCCCUGUGGAAUAUUUGGAUUUCGAUGGAAGGACAGGUUUCUUGAGCUUCAGCUGCAGGACAGCAACAGCUUAUUACGCGUGGGUUGGAGGAGGGAGCAGGUGUGCUGUAAGCCAUUUGCUAGACAUCUAUUUUCAAACUUGUAUCUACUCAGGAGCCAGCACCCUAAAGUGAGAUUCUAAAUUUGCAGUUAGUUUCACCCCCAGAGAUUUAAACGUGCAGACACAUACAAAACAUUAGUCUCACAACAGUCUUUUUUUCCCUGGUGACCUCUGAUUUCCUCUAUAAGCCCCAGAGACAUGCCACCAUCUUCUCUGAUUAUGGUCCUGCUCAACCUCCCCUCUCCCUUUCUCCCUCCCACUGGGCCCAUUCCCCAGGAGGAUCCAGAUUCCAGAGCAUUCCCAGAACAGGAAAUCAGAGAGGCAGGCAACACAUGGUCCUUGGUAUAUCACACAGUGACAGGCUUGAAAUGGAAUGCAUAUGUUUCGAAGGUAAGAGAACAACAGAAAAACACAACCAAAUCCAGACUUCAAGAUUCCUCUUUGAAACAACAGAUUACAGACAAAAGGUUAAACUGUUAUUGGCAGCAAUUCUAACAAGACCUGUUUUAGUUAUGGAAGUGAUCUGGUCACUGAAAACCCACCAGGGCUCCGCAAUCUUUGAACAGCUUUGCUUGACAUUAAUUAGUCUCUGAUUUCAAACAAAUAAACAAACAAGAUCUAACACUUGGCAUUAGCACUUAAGCUGGAACUUUUUUUUUUUUGGGGGGGGGGGGGGGUCGGUUCUGGCUUUGGUGUUGCCGUCCAGAAGGCUGAGGGGAUGGUGGUACCAUGUCAGGCAGGGCAAAGAGACGCCAU